AAGUGCGCGCCGCAGUCACGGCCGCUGACCAGCUGUCGUCAUGGUGGCACCAGUGCUGGAGGCGUCUCACGUGUUUUGCUGCCCAAACCGGGUGCGGGGAGCCCUAAGCUGGAGCCCCGGGCCGGGAGGACUUCUGGCCUUCGGCACAUCCUGCUCUGUGGUUCUCUAUGAGCCUCAGAAAAGGGUGGUUGUUACCAACCUGAAUGGUCACACUGCGCGAGUUAAUUGUGUACAAUGGAUUUGUAAGCAGGAUGGCUCUCCUUCUACUGAAUUAGUUUCUGGAGGAUCUGACAAUCAAGUGAUUCACUGGGAAAUAGAGAAUAAUCAACUUUUAAAAAAAGUUCAUCUCCAAGGCCAUGAAGGACCUGUUUAUGCAGUGCAUGCUGUUUACCAGAAGGGGUCAUCAGGUGUUGCAGUACACACACUGAUAGUUUCUGCUGCUUCAGAUUCCACAGUUGGACUCUGGCUUAAAAAGGGUUCAGAAGUAACAUGCCUUCAGACGUUGAACUUUGGAAAUGGAUUUGCUCUGGCUCUCUGUUUAUCCUUUUUGCCUAAUACUGAUGUACCAAUAUUAGCAUGUGGUGAUGAUGACUGCAAAAUUCAUUUAUUUGUUCAACAAAAUGAUCAGUUUCAGAAAAUGCUUUCUCUCAGUGGACACGAGGAUUGGAUAAGAGGCGUGGAGUGGGCAGCCUUUGGUAAAGAUCUUUUCCUAGCAAGCUGUUCACAAGAUUGCCUGAUAAGAAUAUGGAGGUUGUAUGUAAAAUCGACAUCUUCAGAAACUCAGGAUGAUAAUAUAAGGCUGAAGGAAAAUACUUUUACUAUUGAAAACGGAAGUAGUAAAAUAACGUUUGCAAAUACUCUGGAGACUGUGUUGGCUGGUCAUGAAAACUGGGUAAAUGCGGUUCAUUGGCAACCUUCAUUUUACAAAGAUGGUGUUCUACAGCAGCCAGUGAGAUUAUUGUCUGCCUCAAUGGACAAAACCAUGAUUCUCUGGGCUCCAGAUGAAGAGUCAGGAGUUUGGCUAGAACAGGUUCGAGUAGGUGAAGUAGGUGGAAAUACUCUGGGAUUUUAUGAUUGCCAGUUCAAUGAAGAUGGUUCCAUGAUUAUUGCUCAUGCUUUCCACGGAGCACUGCACCUUUGGAAGCAGAAUACAGUUAACCCAAGAGAGUGGAGUCCAGAAAUUGUCAUUUCAGGACACUUUGAUGGUGUCCAAGACCUAAUGUGGGAUCCAGAAGGAGAAUUUAUCAUCACUGUUGGUACUGAUCAGACAACUCGACUUUUUGCUCCAUGGAAGAGAAAAGACCAAUCACAGGUGACUUGGCAUGAAAUUGCAAGGCCUCAGAUACAUGGAUAUGACCUGAAAUGUUUGGCAAUGAUUAAUCGGUUUCAGUUUGUAUCUGGAGCAGAUGAAAAGGUUCUUCGAGUUUUUUCUGCACCUCGGAAUUUUGUGGAAAAUUUUUGUGCCAUUUCAGGACAUUCACUGAGUCAUGUGCUUUGUGAUCAAGACAGUGAUCUUCCUGAAGGAGCUACUGUUCCUGCAUUAGGAUUAUCAAAUAAAGCUGUGUUCCAGGGAGACAUGACUUCUCAGCCUUCUGAUGAAGAGGAGCUGUUAACUAGCACUGGUUUUGAGUAUCACCAGGUGGCCUUUCAACCCUCCCUACUUACUGAACCUCCCACUGAGGAUCAUCUUCUGCAGAACACUUUGUGGCCUGAAAUUCAAAAACUAUAUGGACAUGGUUAUGAAAUAUUUUGUGUUGCUUGUAACAAUUCAAAGACUCUGCUUGCUUCAGCUUGCAAGGCAGCCAAGAAAGAACAUGCGGCUAUCAUUCUUUGGAACACUACCUCUUGGAAGCAGGUUCAGAAUUUAGUUUUCCACAGUUUGACUGUCACGCAGAUGGCCUUCUCACCAAAUGACAAGUUCUUAUUAGCUGUUUCCAGAGAUCGAACCUGGUCAUUGUGGAAAAGACAGGAUACAGUCUCACCUGAGUUCGACCCAAUUUUCAGUCUCUUUGCAUUCACCAACAAAAUCACUUCUGUGCACAGUAGAAUUAUUUGGUCUUGUGACUGGAGUCCUGAUAGCAAGUAUUUCUUCACCGGGAGUCGGGACAAAAAGGUGGUUGUCUGGGGUGAAUGUGACUGUGGUGAUGACUGCAUUGAACACAGCAUUGGCCCCUGCUCCUCUGUCCUGGACGUGGGUGGGUCUGUGACAGCUGUCAGUGUCUGCCCUGUGCUUGACUCUUCUGGAAGAUACGUGGUUGCAGUUGGAUUAGAGUGUGGAAAGAUUUGCUUAUACACCUGGAAAAAGACUAAUCAAGUUCCAGAAAUAAAUGACUGGAUUCGUUGUAUUGAAACAAGUCAAAGCCAAAGUCAUACCCUUGCUAUCAGAAAACUGUGCUGGAAGAAUUGCAAUGGAAAAGCCCAGCAGAGUGAAGGAGAAGGUGCUGACUGGUUACACUUUGCGAGCUGUGGUGAAGAUCACACUGUGAAGAUAUACAGAGUUAACAAAUGUGCACUGUAAUGGGCUUCAUUAUCACAUGCUUACAAUCAUUGGUGUCUUAAAAUGUUUAUCAUGUAAAUAGAUCACCUUUCUUUACCUUCACAAUUGAAUCAAGUUUCAUUUUUAAGUCUGAAAGCAGUCCUUAUUUAGGUCCUAGAUCCUUUGAAAUUGAUGAAAGCUGUACAUCCCUUUCCUUGUUAUAAAAUUUAUAUGUAUAUUUACACAUACCUAAGACCUUUAUUCAUACUUUCAGAGAUUCUUGGAUCUACUUUCCAUAAGUCCCAGAUUAAGAACAUCUGGGGCCUGAAGUUGUGGCUCAAUGGUAGCGCGCUUGCCUAGCAUGUGUGAGGCACUGGGUUCGAUCCUCAACACAUCCAAAUAAGUAAAAUAAAGAUCCAUCAACAACUAAAACAAAUAUAUUAAAAAAAAAGAACAACAGCUAUACUUGAUCACAUUUGCCUGGUUUUGUGUUAUUUUGGGGCCUUUUCAUUUACCCCUCUGAAUCUGUUUUGUGUUGCUGUAACAAAAUGCCUGGUGCUGGGUACUUUAAAAGAGGCUUAUUUAAAUCAGAGUUCUGGGAUUCCAAGAACAUGGUCCUGAGAUCUGCUUGGCUCUGGUGAAAGCUUCAUAGCAGAUGGAAUAAUAAUGGUGGGAGUGUAUAUGGAAGAAAGAGGUCAUUUGUUGAGGCAGACAGAAAGGGAGAUUCAAGGAAGGUGCCAGACUUGCUUGUAACAACCCAAUCUCAUGAGAAUACACUCGAGUGAGAAUGUUCUCCUGUUAGAAAAGUAUUAUUCUCACCUGCCACUUGGCCCCACCUCAUAAAGGUUUCAGCACCUCUCAACACCACCACCCUGGGGACCAAGCCCCCAGCACAUGAACCUGUGGGGAACACAUUGGAAUCAUAUCUAAACCAUGCAUCCUCUUUGGGAUACAUCAUAUUUAUUACCUUCUUCAGAAGGUAGACAUAGAAAAUAAAAAGAGACUAAAUCCAGAUUGUUCAAUUUUUAACAUUUUUUUGUAAAUAAACAUACCACACCCAGUGUGCUAACUUGGACUUGACCCUUUCUUCCUAGUAUACACCAGUUAUUCUAGGAAUUUGGCAAGCAGUCAUAAGUUUGAACUACAGCCAAUCCUUUAUUCUUUAAAGGUACGUAAGUUCUGCUUUUGUGGGUUUACUUAAAGUAGAAUAUUUGGACAUUUAAACUUACAGAUUUAGGUUUUGAAAAAUAGAGUUCUGAAUCAUCUGAAUGUAUACAGUAGCUGAAGCCACGAGAGGGUAGAAUAUUUGUGCCUUGGGGAGGAUGCUGAGGGAGGACAAGGGUGCCAGAAAUGAUCUUGGAGUGCCAGCUGAAGGUUAGAGGCAGGCCAGGACUGUGAGAUAUGAGGAUGGGGGCUUGAGUCUAGCCUUGUUGGAACAUAGAGUCAUCAGGCAAAUUCAGUAUGUUGAAAAAAGGAAGGUGAGAAUUUUGUGCCAUUGUUUAAUAUGAUAUUUUGCUUUCAAAGGUGUUCAGUUGUGUUUUCUAGAUGGAGACUUUUAGGCCUGUGCUAUACAAUAUUUCUAGUUCAAUAGUGAGCUACAUAUGUAAUUUUAAACAUAUAUAGCCACAUAAUAAAUGGAAACAGGUGAAGUUUAUUUUAAUAUUAAAUUUACUGUAAUACAAUAUAUACAAAACAUACUGUUGACCCUCUCUAUCCAUGGGUUCCACAUAACAUGGAUUCAACCAACCACGGAUUGAAAAUAGUAGGAGGAAAAAUUGCAUCUCUUCUAUGCUUGUGCAGACUUGUCUUGUAGUUAUUCCUUAAAAAAUAAAGUGUAACAACUAUUUACAUA